CCGCCCCCAGCCUGGGAUCGCCCCGCCCCCUGCUCGGCCGGCCCCGCAGCUCGGCUGCACCGCGCGCUCAGACCUCCCGGCUCGACUGGCGGCGCGGGCGGCGGUAAAAUGUCUGUUCCAGGAUCCUACCAGGCGGCCGCUGGGCCUUCCUCGGUGCCAACUGCGCCGCCAUCCUAUGAAGAGACGGUGGCCGUCAAUAGUUACUUCCCUAUGCCUCCUGCCCCUGCGCCAGGGCCGACCACGGGGCUGGUGACGGGCCCGGAUGGCAAGGGCAUGAAUCCGCCAGCCUACUACACCCAGCCAGUGCCCGUCCCCAACGCCAAUGCAAUCGCCGUGCAGACCGUCUACGUGCAGCAGCCCAUCUCCUUUUUUGACCGUCCGAUCCAGAUGUGCUGUCCUUCCUGCAACAAGAUGAUUGUGACCCAGCUGUCCUAUAAUGCCGGUGCCCUCACCUGGCUCUCUUGCGGGAGCCUGUGCCUGCUGGGGUGCAUCGCGGGCUGCUGCUUCAUCCCCUUCUGUGUGGACGCCCUGCAGGACGUGGACCACUACUGUCCCAACUGCAAAGCUCUCCUGGGCACCUACAAGCGUUUGUAGGACUCGGCCAGACCUGGAGGAAGCCGCGUGCUGCCCGGAGUGCUCUGCAACCCUCACCCGGCCCCGUUCCACCUUGGUGGCCUCAUCUCUCCAGGGGCUCCACCCUCGUGUCUUCUUUUUGGGGAAAAAAUAUAUUGCAAAAAGUAACACACCUCCAAAAACCCCAGAGAUUGCUGCUUGGAGUCGUGCGCAGGACAUGCAAAGACAUUCACCUUGAAUGCUGGUUCCCGCCUGCCGUGACCCCAAGGCACCCCACCUUAACUGUGACUGUCGCCCCUGUCUGAAUAUCUUCGGGUGGUUUGCCAUGGGCCAGCUUCGUUUACUGGCCUCCGUGGGCCUUCCUGGGGGUGGUCUCAAACCGAGAAGCUGCGGCUUGCCUUAUUUUUGAGACUGUCCUGGCCCGC